GGAGGGAGCAGUCAGUGAUCGGUGAGAGCUUGCACAGGUCGAAGCUCGUCAAGCUGACACACGGAACGUCAGAGCAGAGCAGCCACACAGUCACCACCCCUCUCCACCCCCAUCAUUGUGGCAAAUUGUGGUGAAGUGGUGAAGGCGCGGCGGCUCCUCUCUCCUCUCCUCCCCCGCGAAUCAAAUGUCCUUGUAUUGCACCACAGGACACAGGGAUACACUUAAGGCGCCGGGGAGGUGAGCCAGCAGGGCGGUGGAGGUGUCGGGACAGGUGGUGGUGGUGGUGGUGGUGGUGGUGGUGGUCUUGUCAUGACGAGAAAUAAUGUGUCGGAAAUAGACUUGGACAAGCGAGCGUCGUCAGCGGAGGGUUGACGCAGCAGCAACAGUGAUUGCCGCGUGUGACGUAGCGAUACUUACUGAAGGAACUUGGCGUCACACCUGCCUAACUUCCGAGGUUCAAAGAAACUAAAAAAAAAGAAAAGAAAUAAAUAAAAUAAAAGGUACCUCCACGCUGAUCUGUACUGUACGUGUAGAGAACAUCCAAACUUGGACUUUACAGGAGGAAGGGCAAGGAAUGUUGUGGUGGUAAAGUUGUGACAAUCGAGCGUGUGUGACCGUUAACUGGGUCGUAACACACCAUGCCCGGGCCCAUCUUGAGGUUAGCAGCCUCGCCCAGUGAUUCCAGCGAUUUCUCCGUGUUCGAGUCGUGUGAUGACAUCCAGGAGGCUUGGGGGGGCGUUCUGAACGGAAACUUCUCUGCUGAAAGCAUUUACCACGAUUGCAGUGGACAAGACGGCCUGGAGCCCCGCAAUGUGCGCGUCAACGGAGAUCCGGCCUCUUCCUUCACAGUGAGGAUAAAGGUGCCCGAGCAGCCACGCGCGGCCCCAGCCAGGCCUGAGCACAGAACGCUGCACACCAGCGCGGCGGUGCGGGAGAGGAGGGCGGAGGCACACAGCACGAGAGUUGCUUCGGUGAAGGAAGACCAAGAGGAUAUGGAGGACGAAAUGAUGGAGGAAGGUGUGGAGAGCCUCAACAUCCCGGUGGUGUCUGCCAGCCUCAGCGUGGACCUCACCACCUCCCUCACGCGGCAGAAGAUCAGCUCGGUGCAGCGGGGACCCACCCUGACCUAUGCUGACCACGACGACGCUGAGGAGUCCCCCACGCGCCGCCCCCGCCCCUUCACCCAUGCCAGUGAGAGCAUAGACGUGGGCACUCCUCUACACCAUCUCCGCGCCAGCCCCUCCACCCCCACAUCACCCACAUCGCCCACCUACUCCACCUCCCCCAGCUCCCCCACCUCCCCCACUUCAGCCCUGGCCAGACAGGCACCCAUCAGUCCUUCCUUCGCACAUCGGGGAAAACGCGUCUCCCGCAACCCGUCCUACCACUUCGCCGUGCGGGACGCCAGCUUUGCCACUCCGGUAGCUACGCCGCACCAUCAGUCGUCCGAUAAAGGUUCCAGAAGCUGUGACAGCAGCCCCAUCCGCCCACAACCACAGAUGGAACCCCUGAGGGAGGAUGCGAGUUCCGUGGACGGCAGCAGCCAGCGGCGGCACGCAUCAGAGAGUGACUCUCUGAUCCCUAUUCCAUUGCCGGUGAACAUGUCCCGCAGUGUCUCUUUCAGCGGACAAGAAUUGCUGGCCCCGACCACUGCUGCCAGCGGCAGUCUCUCAGAGGGUAACAGCCGAAGCGGCAGUGUGCCACAACUGUCAUCCUCUCCCACCCACAGCACCUCGGCCCCCACCUUGGAUACCAAGUUGGCCCCCCCAAACUUCACUCGCGGCUCUGUCAUCUCACGCAGUUUCCGUCGGCUGUUCAGUACACCCAGCCGCACACCCCCUCCGCAGCCCGAGGAGUGCUGGGACGACAUCCCGGGCGUGCAGAUUACCUCGGAGGCGGAGGUCAAGUCUUCCCGCCUAAAGAGGAUUGGCUCCUCCUUUUCCCGCAAACUGACCUCAAAACCCAAGAUGAGUGGCGGCUCGGGCUCCAAUGGCCAGCCUCUGGUCGUGCCUAACGGCACCACGACGCCCACCUCGCCCGAAGACGCCCGCAGUCUGGUGGAGUACGAGGACCUGCUGAAGCUUUUCUGCUGUUCGGGGUGCCAGAGCUUCAUGGUGCCGCCGCUGCACCAGUGCCGGAAAGGACACUUGGUCUGCAACUCGUGCCGCUUCUCGCUCAAGCAGGCGUGUCCCACAUGCAAGCAGCGCUUUGCUGACUCCACCAACCUGAUGAUGGAGCAGGUGUGUCAGUUGGUGAGGUUCCCGUGUAAAUACUCCGCGCAUGGGUGUCCGGAGUUCCACAGACCGCGAGCCAAACAGGACCACGAGCACUUCUGUUCCUUCCGCCCCGUGCACUGCCACCACGGACCGCAGGGCUGUCCUAAGGUGCUCUUGCUUCGUGACAUGCACCAACACCUCGAGCAGUGCGAGUUUAAGAAGAAAUGAUCAUCGAGUGCUCCUGUCUCCUGCUCCUCGCGAGACUUCAAUUAGCACCUGAGGCACCUGAGGAAGGCUGCCCAGCUCCCCUCCCUCAUCCCCUCCCUAUUCUCGUUCGUUCGCCGGCGUGUAUAGCUGCCGGCGUUACGUUUACUUUGUUUUGGUGUUGCUUAUGUGUCCACCUCAUCUCAUCCUCCCUCGGAUGUCUCGCUUCCUUAGCUGGAAGUGGCCUUUCUGAUUCCUGACGGUGAGGUAGGCGACGGGCAUGAUAGGCACAGCUCACCUAGGCACCCUGAAUGCACCUGAUACCUUGAAUGCACCGCGCAGCACCAGGACACCUGAAUGGAGGCGUAGGAAAGCGUACCUGAGUGGUGGAUGAGGUGCCCUGUCGUUGUGAGUGCGUGUGGAUGUUUGGAUGGAUGAAUAGAGAGUGGAUUACGCGCGCGUGUGUGUGUGUGUGUGUGGAUGCGUGGAUGGGCGAGCGGUGGGUCAGGAGUGUGUGGUGUGGGGAGCGGUGGAUGCGUGAGGGGAAGUAAGUGUAUGGCAGGACGCCAGAAUGGUUCCUGAAUUUAUCUCGAGGUUGAGAGAUAUUUUGGAAUCCAGUUUUAUUUCCUUAACCGUGACCCACAAAAGGGAGGCUGGUCCAACCACUGCAACCUUGCUUUUUCUUUCUUUCCUUCUUAUUUAGCGUGUGUGUGUGUGUGUGUGUGUGUGUGUGUGUGUGUGUGUACCUACCGUCGCUGAGGUCAAGGGGAGCUUACGUCACACACACACACACACACACACACACACACACACACACACACACACACACACACACCGUCACUCAUGUCCCUUUUUGAACCCUGUGGAAGUUAAGUUGAAGUUUACACAAUUUAUUGGGCCAUAAUCUGAAACGCUUUUGCUCGCGCCAACACUACCUCCAAAAUGGUCUAGUUGAAGCAACGCAGGUUUUUUCAGGGUGUUUUGAUAGCUCCAGUGGCAGAUUAACAUGAUUUCUAACAUUGUUAACAGGAGAAACACUCUUGAGAACCUAACUAUCUUUGUGUCCUUGGAAAAUAGUCGUGGUGAGAGAGCAAAGUGUUUCUGUAUAUAGGCCAUUGUACAAGAAGACUCAGCGUGUUUUUGUGUAUAUACGUUAGGUUAGAAUAGGUUGUGUGUAUGCGUGUGGGUUACGUUAGGUUAGGGUAGUUUGUUUGUUUUUCCGUUGGAUUUGGUUAGGUUAGGUUAGGUUGGGGUUGGGUGAGAUUAGGAUCGGUUGUGUGUAUGUGUGAGUUGGUUAGGUGAGGUUGUGUGUUUGCGUUGGGUUGGGUUAGAUUAGGUUAGGUAAAGGUUAAAUUAGGUUAGGUUGGGUUGGGUUGGGUUAGGAUGCGUGUAUACGUGGGGUUAGGUGGGAGCAGGGAGUGUUGACGUAGGCCUUACAUUGCCUCACGAGUCCCUCUCAGAAUGUAGGGGGCGCCGUGCCAGGAGAGGCCAGCGUUUUGACAGACACAGCUGACACGAGACGACAAUUUUUUUUUCUGCCUCCCAGGAGCUUUUUAUAUACUACUAUUACGUGAUGCAAGAAGAAGAGAGGGAACAUAAGGAGAAGGAAAGAGGAAGAGGGAGAAUAUAAGAAGGAAAGAUUAAGAGGAACAAGUAAGUCAAGAACAGAUGAGACAUGACGAGGUAGUACAAGAGAGGGAGAGAGAGAGAGAGAGAGAGAGAGAGAGAGAGAGAGAGAGAGAGAGAGAGGAACAAGAGAAACAGAUAACUAGAGGAUCUUUUUUCCAGUAUUUUGUUCAGGUUCGUGACAUAACACUUUCUGCGCCAUCCUAUUGCUACAGCGCUCCUUUCUUGCCCUCCUGACGAAGACUAAGACCAGGUGACCUAAUUGCAAGUGAGGCGCACCUGUCUGGCCUCUUCAUUCCCUUUCAGUAAAUAUUGGCUCACCUGAUUGGAACCUCAUUCUCUAAUCACCAAUCAAUUAAGAAGAGACUUUUUUUUUUGUCUUAUUUUUUUCUACUUUUGUUUCUUCCUCUAGUAUUUCCUGUUUUUUUUUUUUUUUUUUUUUUUGCGUUUCCCUUUUUUUCUACUUUUUUUUUCAAGUCGACCUCCUUCCCACGUAUAGAAAAAUUAAUUAACUGAAGCGAAUGUCUCCCUUAAUGAAGUAGUUAAUAAGUGGUGUGUGUGUGUGUGUGUGUGUGUGUGUGUGUGUGUGUGUGUGUGUGUGUGUGUGUGUGUGUGUGUGUGUGUCUGUCUGUCUGUCUGUCUGUCUGUCUGUCUACGUGUAUGUGUGUCAAUGUGUGUAUGUGGUCGCAGGAUAUUGUAGGACGUGGCCAGCCUCCUCUUCACACUCAAAUCUGGGAAAGCAAGAAAAUAAUAUGCACAGUAUUGAAAGAAAAGAAAAAAAAGAAACUUGUCUUGACCUGACCUGACCUGAUGCUGCCAAGUGCGUUGGUGUGUGCGUGAAUGCGUUAUUAUAAUAUUCUAUAAGUGUUACCAGUGUGUUCUGUGACCUGUUACUGCGCCGUGUGGUGGUGGUGGUGGUGGUGGUGGCUGCCGUGUCGACCUUUCUCCCUGCUGCUGCUGCUGCUGCUGCUGCUGCUGCCGCUGUGGCUGUAUGACGUAAGGCUUCUUCGUGACUGACUCAGCAUCCCACUGGACGAGGCUUAGCCCUGGAAUUCGUUGUGAAAAGAAAAAAAAUACUAUAUUUAUCGUACAAGUUAGCGAGAGAGAGAGAGAGAGAGAGAGAGAGAGAGAAGAGAGAGAAACCAGCGCUGAGAUGAGACCUUGACACGUGCAGAGGUGGGAAUGGGGUACAAACACACACACACACACACACACCUGACAAGUCUUUUUCUGCCUUUUCUUGUUGUUUUCCCAGUAUAGAUAAGUCAGCACGUACUUGACUAUGUAUAUUGAUAAUUCUUAAGGUUCGUAUGUAAAUAAACACACACACACACACACACACACACACACACACACACACACACACACACACGGUAAAGAUGAUGUGCCUGAAAUGAAGAGUCAUAAAAGCAAAACCUUAAGAUAUAAAUAGAAAAAAGCAGAGUAAGAAGUGAAGGUGGUGAAUGACAGUGUGCCUCUUCUCCCGUCCCUCCUCGCACCAAGGUCUCGCUAGGCCCGUAUUCAGUAACGCUUUUCUCUCACCACGACUAUUUUUGAAGGCCACAGAGAUGAUUAGCAAGAUUUUCAAGAGUGUUUCUCCAGUUAAUUAUGUAUAAAUCUUGUCAUUCUGCCUCUAGAACCGUAAAAACACCGUAAAAAACUCGUGUAAACUUAACUAAAGCCGUUUGAAAUAGUGGAGGUGAAGCACAAGUGUUUGAGAAUACGAGCUUUUUUAAGUGAGGGCGCCGUGUCCUCCCUGGUGGGCUGACUUCUUCUAACACUAUACGUAGGAUGGUGUUUGCUCCUAUACCUCAGUAUGUCUAGUUUCAUCUGUCUAAAUUUUCUGGGAUAAGAAGUACUUUAUGUAUGAAAUGUUGUCAAUUCUGUUAUUUUUGUAGAAAUAUAUACAUAUAUACAUCUAUCA